GAGAUCUUCUUUUAUUAUUUGAAAAAUACCUAUAGACUGAUUUGACCCCUAAAUAUUAGAUAUAUUCGUGAUGAGCGACAAUCUAGAUAGAAUUCUAAACCGGGAUGGCCACUUCAAGCAUCCCAUUAUCAAUUCCCAAACGCAAGCCCGGCUGAUGCGACUAUCUCCCAAUCGCACGAAAAAUAGGCGUCUACAGUACCGCUUAGAGGUUUUCGAUCUAUCUAGCUUCUCUUCAAUAGAAUAUACCGCCCUAUCUUACACAUGGGGGCGUGCAGUUAGUGUUGAUGAACUCUACGAGAUUUUAAUUGACGAUCAACCUUUCUUUGUACGCCGGAAUCUUUAUAACUUUCUUGCUACGGCAGCGGGAAAAGAGACUAGUGGCCUAUUUUUUGUGGAUGCGAUCUGUAUCAACCAGCUCAAUAGCGCGGAGCGACAGCAUCAGGUCCAGCAGAUGACACGCAUAUACCGCAAUGCAAACAACGUCAUAUCAUGGCUCGGGGUCCCAGAGACGGUUCAAGACUUAGACAGUGUGCGGAUUCUGGCCCAGACAAGAGGUAGAUGGGAUGGCUUUCAGUAUAUCAGCUAUCAUCCUUACUGGAGUCGCGUCUGGAUCUUGCAGGAAGUGCUAUUGGCCCAGAGGGUGGAAGUCUGGUGUUGGUACUUCACAUUUCCGCUCGAUCUAUUCGCAGGGAUCGACUCGUCGAAGGUUAAUUAUCACAUAUCACAAGUGAGAUUAUCCUCGGAUGGAAGACCACAAACAGUUGUCGAUGCUAUUUCACGAUCAUGUAGUCCAGCGGAAAGAAUUAUAACUCACAGAACACGACAUGUGUUCCGACCCAUAGUUGACCCCCUAGCUCAAGGGACCGCUGUUGGGACGCUCGAAGAAAUGAUAAAGGCGCUCGCAUACCCUUAUAUGGCCACAGAAACUUACCAAUCAUCCAUCCCCGACUUGAUUCAUCAGGUGGUGCGAAAAUUUGGCAUGCUCCAGUGCUCAGAUCCAAGAGACAAACUAUAUGGAUUCCUGGGAAUCCUAAAAGACAAUAGUAGGGCCAAGGUGAAUCCUGAUUACACGAUGCCCAUCAGCUAUGCUUUUCGCCAAGCUCUGAAGAUUGGCCUAGAAGAAAUAGGCGGCGAGCACUGGUUUGGGCUAUACUCAACAAGUCGUAACCAGGUUUAUACUAUCUUGCUUACGUACUAUUGCGAUGUACGUGACGCUUUUGAUAUGGAAGAUAGUAAUAGCAUGGCAAUACUAGAAGAGGUAGUCGCUGAACUUCGAUCCGAAGCUCUAACAACGGAGCCUAUGGCCGAAGAGUUGUGGAGAGAGUGGUUUCGUCCACAUUGGGAAUACGCGCUAUCAUUCAGCGCUUUUCAGCGUCUCGCUGGCGUGUAA